AACUGUGCAGGACACUUCCCAGGGGACUACCGUCCAAUUGGAUUGUUUCCAUAAAGGGUGCGGAUACUGUACCAGUCAGAUCCGCUUGUUUUCAGAAAUAAAGACAAAAAUAGGCAUUACGAUAAAAAAUAACUGAAGUAAAUAUGCAACUAAAUGAAUCGAAGACAAAAGGAAAUAUUUUGGUUGGAGACCGACACAAACAGGUGCUGCACUAUGAACUAUUUACACAUUGGCAGGCAGAACAGCAUCCUUUGUGUUUCAGUAAAUCCAAACUCCACAGCAGUCUUAUGGACAUCACGACCCUCCUGUAUGUCCUGUAUAUCUUAUGUCUGGAUUCCAUCAAUGCAGCUCAACUCUCAGUCACAGCUCCUGUGGGCUCCACAGUCGUCCUGCCGUGUGAAUGGAGAGAUCUCUCUGUCCAAACACCUCAUGUUGUGUGGACUAUUGAGCAUGAGGUUGUGUUUGAGCGAAAGGGUAAAGAUUCACUUCAGGCUGAAGGAUACGAGGGUCGUGUGGACGUUCCUGAGGACGAGCUGCUUAAAGGAAACUGUUCCCUGGUGUUGAAGAACGUCAGAGUUACUGAUGAAGCUGAGUACAGAAGCUCCAUGCUGUUGGAACACCCAAAGAAAUCUGUCUUGGUCCAGGAAGUUCAUCUCUCAGUCUACAACCGAACUGAAGAGAGAAUUAAAGAGAGAACAGAUUCGUCAGACCGAACUGAAGAGAGUCCAGAUUCCUCAGAUAACGGUGUAAAGAACCUUCAUUACUUGUGGAUCCUGAUCAUUUUGCCGGGCCUGGUGUUACUUGGUCUUGGAGUGUGGCUUCUGAAGAAGAAAAAUUCUGCCUAUUUCCAGACUAAAAACACAGAGGAGUCCAAAGAAAUGAACUGACACGGCAACACGACAGCACCAACGAUGCUACCAACAUCUUUAGAGGAAACAUAAUCUACACACUGCUGACAUUUUUAGGGUUCGAGCACUAUGACAUCACACGAUGAUGACCUGACUAUGAUGUCCUCGCCAUCGCUCUGAUAAGUUUUAGAUGUUUAAUUAGUGCUGAUGUCAUAGCGUGUGAAGGCCCUAUUGUACUUCUAAGAAUUAUUUUUUAAAUUAUUUUUAUUUCAAUCAUCCGGCCCCCUAGCAUGCUCAAAAACUCUUAGAAAUCGUAUCUUACAGACAGUACACACAUCCUAUGGACACUACAUACAUCCUACACACUACACACAUCCUAUGGACACUACAUACAUACUACACACUACAAAUCCUAUACAGUGGUUUGCAAAAGUAUUCACUUUUCCACAUUUUGUCA